ACCUGAGGGGCGCGAGGACGCGCGCGCGCAGCUCUCAAACAGCGCGAGCGGCACGGAAACCAAUGAAAGCCGCAGCAGGGCGAGUCUAACACUGUUUAUCUGGGUAUUAAAGGAGAUUUGUGGCGAAAUAUUAUCAGGCCAGGGAAACAGCUUUCAAGCAUGGAGGCCAGUGGCAGUGGUUGGCCAAGCGAACCCAUGACCUCUUGCUUCUUGGGCAACAUCACCGCCGAGAACUCCAGCACGGGUCGGAUUUACGAGGUGGCCGUGCAAUCGGCGAACGGCUCGACAAAACGCAGUCCACAGUUCGUUGGGGUGGAAUUGCUUCAAUCUUACAAACUUCUUAUCAUUCCUUGCUAUACGAUGGUAGUGCUAGUGGGAGUUUUUGGGAACUAUUUAUUGCUCUAUGUCAUUUGCCAGACCAGGAAGAUGCACAACGUAACUAAUUUCUUCAUCGGGAACCUGGCCUUCUCGGAUAUGUUGAUGUGUGCCACCUGUGUGCCGUUCACCCUGGCGUACGCCUUUAACCCUCGAGGUUGGGUGUUUGGGAAAUUCAUGUGCUAUCUGGUGUUCCUCAUUCAGCCAGUGACUGUGUAUGUGUCAGUGUUCACAUUAACAGCGAUUGGGGUGGACAGAUAUUAUGCUACUGUGCACCCUCUGAAGAAACGCAUCUCAGUCCUGGCUUGUGCUUAUCUACUCUCCGGCAUCUGGAUCCUAUCCUGUGGCCUGGUUGCUCCAGCUGUGGCGCACACGUACCACGUGGAGUUCAGAGAUGAAGGCUUCACCAUCUGUGAGGAGUUCUGGAUGGGCCAGGAGCGCGAGCGUCUGGCCUACGCCUAUAGCACACUCUUCAUCACGUACGUCCUCCCACUCUCGGCACUUUGCAUCUCAUACUUGCGUAUAUCUGUAAAGCUUCGUAACUGUGUGGUGCCCGGACACCACACGCAGAGCCAGGCGGAGGCACAGCGGGCGCGAAAACGCAAAACCUUCCGUCUAGUGACGCUGGUGGUGGCGGCGUUUGCGGUCUGCUGGCUGCCCAUCAGUGUCUUCAACGUCCUCCGGGACAUCGAUAUCGACUUGAUUGACAAGCGAUACUUCCUCCUCAUCCAGCUGCUGUGCCACCUGUGCGCCAUGAGCUCGUCUUGCUGUAACCCCUUUUUGUACGCGUGGCUGCACGAUCGUUUUCGAGCAGAACUGCGAAAGAUGUUCACAUGUCACAGACGCAUUGGCAUUGGGAUACCCGCCAACAACUGUACCGCUGCCAGCGUGGUGCUCUGACAAACAAUGAAGCCGAUGAGACCCAUUCAAAGGAGUUAAUGCCACCAGGAAAUAAUAAAAAAAUAUGGAGUGGUUACUGGUAGAUGCACAGGACAAGGUUCUGGCUGUAUUUUGAGACACAUGACAUGUCUGUUGGUGGCCUGACCAAAAGUGUAUUUCCAUUUCUGCCGAACGUCUCACACUGAGCCUUUCUAGUGAUGCUAGUGUGAAUUUUCAGGCUCAGAACUGAAAUCCUCAAUCAAAACUCAGCACCCUCUGUGAGCAAAUUCUACCUUGAAAAUGGAAGAGAUGGAAUGCUGGAAGAGAAUUAAAAAGAGAACUAUGACCAUCGCAGAAAAAGCCUGUGUUUUGACAAGUUUGGAGCGAGAGAUGUCGAAAGAAUUCUGGAACUGCCCCAAGACUGUAAUGAAGACCUUGGGGAUGCGACGAUACGCUCUGGUCCUAAUUUAAUUUGAUUUGUGAUACUGGCAUCAAAAUUAAAUUUUAAUCGAUUUUCUGAAUAUUCAAAAUAUAAAAAAUGCUCAAGAAAAUUAAGAAAAUAUUUUUAUUUCUGGAUUACAACCAAUGAAAUGUGCAUUAUUGUCUGUAUAAAACUAACAUAAAUGCAGUAAACAGAGGUUUACUAUUGUAAAACUAUUCUACAGGUUUACUAUAUCUAAAAAUAUAGAUAUAGAUUACCGAAUAAAUAUAAAAUCUGUGACCUGGGGAAAAUGAAACAUAACAAGCACCUGAGGUGUCGUUUUAACCGGAAAUAGAGCUCCAAAGCUGGCUAAAAUGCCAGAUUUCCACCACCACUUUCUCAGGCACUGUAAAUCCCAGUGGCAUGGGAUUUGUGUGGUUUGAAAUCUAUUGCAGAUCUCUUUUUAAUGGUUACAACAUGGUUGUUGUGUAACCGUAUAACCUUAUAAUGUGUGUGAGUCAUUGUGAUUCAGAUCUAACGUUCAGCACGCUCUCUCUCUAUAUAUUUUUAUUCCAUGGGAUGUGCAGUUCUUUAGUGUUCAAACAGUACAAGUACAACUGAUGCAUAAUAAAUGUAAUGCUGAUUUUCAUGAUAUGAAUCAAAGAUGAACAGCAUCCCACUUUUGCAUCGUGGUUCACUUGUUACACUUCCAGUAGACCUUCGUUUUCUUGACUCCGAAACUCUCCAACAUUAGAGCAUCAGGAGAACCAGAUUCAGAAAUGCUUUUGUUUGUUAGUCUCGGAAUUUAUUUUGUUAAAUGUUAAGGUUGAAUAAUGUAUGUAUUCAUUCACACAGAUUUAUGAUUCAUUAGAAUACGAAUCGUUAUUAUUAUAAUUACGGUUAUAAAUAUUUAUUAGGCUUGAUCUGUCUAAAUGAAGCCUUUUUGCUGCUCACUCGUAUAUGGAGUGUGAGACGUGACUUUUCUGUACGCUGCAGCUUCAGUUAUAAGCUUCUACCUGAGUUACGAAAGAAUGGAACAUACUGUAAAUGCUUAUAAUACUAAAGUCACAGAGAUUGUCACAGACAAUAGGAUGCUUAAUAUUCUACAGAGCCGAAAACGAUCGCAAGAAAGUACCUUAUCUUGAAUGCUAUAGGAAGCAAACUUUUAUUGAUGGCUAAUCAUUCAACAAUACAUCUUAUCAUCUCUGUAUGUGAUUCCAACUUCGACAUGCUGUACAAAUAGAUGUAAAGUGCAAUGAUGUGGCAUUAAUAAAAAAUAAA